AGAUUCUCCCCUGUUUUUCACUAACAACCGCCUUCUCCCCAAAUCCAAAUCUCUGUCUCAUUCCACAACCAUCCAAACUUUCCAAAUUCCUUUCUGGGGUUUCAUCUUCUUCCCUCAAUCUCCAAUGGGUCGUCGGCUAAACGACCCAGAACACUCCCGUUUCGCCUCUCUCGUCCAGCUCUCGGUGGCUCUGUUCUCCUGUGUUUUGGUCUAUGCAGUUGUUUCAACACUCUUGACCCCCAAUGUAGGUUCCAUCUUUGAGCCUUCGGAAAUUAUGGCGAAUGAUGAUUUGGGGGAAAAGAAGAAGGAUGAGUGUUGUCGAGGCAUCGACAAUUUGGAGCUAUGGGGUCCGGCUGUGAAGUGGGGGUCUGAGUUCAAGUUCAAUUCCUCUGUGGAAUGUUGCCAGGCUUGCAAGACUAUGUGUAGUGACAAUGAUGGACCUUGCUUGUGUGAUACUUGGGUCUUCUGUGGGAACAAGGAUGCCUGUGGGUCCAGAUUUGGGGAGUGUUGGUUGAAGAAACAGAAGGAUACCUUGUCCCCUGAUCGGCAGGACGCAGGGAAGAGCGUUAUUUGGACUUCUGGGCUCAUCUUCGGGAAAGGAGAGGGCAUUGUUGGGAUGGAAACUGAAUAUGGUACUCUUCAUAUAAAGCUUUUCCCAGACUGUGCUCCGUAUUCUGUGGCCUACAUUCUCGAGUUGUUAACAUUGCGCCAUUGUGUGGGUUGCCAAUUUUAUCGUGCAGAAGGCCGAGGACAAUAUUGGGAUUCAGAAGGAAAUCACAUAAAAGAUGCUUCUUACGGUCCACCAUUUGCACUGAUUCAAGGGAUUCUUGAAGCCCAAGGAACCCCAUUCAAAAAUAUGCCAACUGAGGCUUGCCCUACCAUAAGAAGGGGAUCAGUUGCCUGGAUCGGAUCUGGUCCGGAGUUCUUUAUAAGCCUAGCGAACCACGGAGAAUGGAAAAAUUCAUACACCGUAUUCGGUUCUGUUCUUGCUGAAGACAUGGAGAUUGCGGAGAAAAUCGUACAAUUCCCGACCAAAUCAGAUGUGUGGAACAACAUUAAUGUGUCUGUCCUGGAAAAGCCUGUUCCUUUGAUUCUGCAAAGAAUCAAGAAGAGGCUGGGAGAUCUAAAUUCAAAUGUUAAAUCAGAGUGAAACUGGUAUGUAAACGUACGCGCCUGUGUGUGUAUAUAUAUAUAUGUGUGUAUUUUAAAUAUACUCCAUUUUCUUUUUUGUUAAAAGCAGUAACAUUAAGUUCUCAUGUCA